AUGGCGGUAUGUACCUCGUCCUUCCUCGCCUCGGAUUCCCCAUCGCACCAUGACCUUCCGCCUCGAGCGGGCUCCUCUCCCUCUCCCUCUCCUGCUCCACCGCGUCCAUUAUCACCAGGGAGGUCGUCUUCAUCCUUCCCGGUCUCCGCGAAGGGUAAUGUGAUCCCUUUUGACCCGGCCAGCCUCAUCGCGAACGGCCAAUCCGUUCUCCUCGCUGCUACCGUACCCCUUUCCACGACCCGGCCAGAUGUCGCCCGCUUUAUCGGGCUGGGCAUGCUAUCCACUUGCAUCGCUGCCACUAGAUCACCGGCAGAAGAGGUGUGUGUAGGAAUCGAAGACGUCGCCAGACCACUGGCCGAGGGCAGCCUGGAUGGAUGUGGGGACCGCAAAGACGGAGCAGGUAGUGAAAGGGUGGAUUUGCUAGUGCUUUCCCUGGUCCCAUGUUCCCAAAGCGAGGAGGAGGAGGAGGAGGAGGAGGAGGAGAAGGAGGAGAUACACUUUUACCACGAGACUCUUCGACAGAUUCUUACCAGGAAGAUCCCAGGUGCCAAGCUUGGUUUGGCAGUGCUACCUGUCAACGAUCUGAUUCCCGCCACAAGACCUGAGAACGAAGCGCCGACAGGCAGAAGCGCAGCAAUAGGAAAAGGAACUGGCGCAGGCUGGGUCCUGACCGCAAAGAUCGCGGGAGCUCUUGCAAGCAUGGGAUAUUGCUUUGAUGACGUAAAGACGGUUGCGCGAUUGGUAGGUGAGAAUGUCAGGACCGUAAGGUCGAUGUCGAGCAGCAGCACCGGUACUAGCACCGAUAUCGCUCUGACAGAAGAAGCGAGCCAAAAGGGUCUGGAGAACCUGAUUAGAGACAUGUUAGUCCGUCUCCUGCAGCCCAACCUUGAGGGCACCGCAGGCAUACGAGUAAACUCCAACGAGCCGGUCCUACUGCUUAACGUCCAUGCACCUACCACAGACCUACAAAUCCAGUCCCUAUCGACCCGCACAAUUGCGCAACUCUAUGAUACAUACCAUAUCAAGCCCGUGCGUGUCUACGCUGGAGAUUAUCAUAUAAGAGACCCGGACAGAGAUGGAGAUGGAAGAGAGAAGAACGACUUCAGCAUCUCGAUCCUGAAUGUCGUCAAUACCAAUAUUGGUGGGCCGAGCAUGAUCCAGUUAUUGGACGAGCCGUGUGGGGCUGACGGGUGGAGGGUAGGUGUAACGAAAGAAGAGUGGGAAACGUGCGAUGGGUCGAUAACGGCAGUGGUUGAGCUGGGUAUGAGGAAUUGGCAGACGAGUCUAGAUCGGCUGGUGGACGUAAAGUCUGUAAGGCUGGCAAGUACACGAGGAGAUGACGGCAGCUUCGACCAUACAAAGCGCUUAGGGCAUGAGGCAGACGAAGGCGUGCUCUGCACUGGAGCGCGGCAACGGCAGGUAGCCGGCGACGAGACAGCGGACCCCAAUUGGGGUGAAACAUCUGCUGCUGAAGAUGAGGAGGAAGACUCUAUGAAGAGGGAGAUGGUCGAUACAGGAAAGCAGUACCAGGAGGAGGCGAAAGAGCAGGACGCUUCAGAAACCAAGGAAACUGAACCUGGAGCAGACCAAGUGGAGACUGUGGUAGAGCCAGAUGAGAAAUCUGGUAAGAGUGGGAGCAAUGAUGAUGCCAUGAACAAAGACGCUGAACAGGGCAAGAAAGGUAGCGAGCAUACCCUACCUGUGAGUCCGGGUUCAGUAAGCCCAGCAUCCGGCGAAGAGUAUGAAAUUGUUGAUCGCGAGCAGACUCUGAUCGAUAUGGUCUUUAGUCACGCAGAACGACGAUAG